GGCUGCCGCAGGGCACCGCAGGGCACGGCGGGGCGCCCCGACCCGCCCGGCCCGCGAGCGAAGGGGGCUGCCCCGCCGCCCUUCGCGGCCAUGCGCUGAGUACCGCGGCGCCCGUCCAUGGGGCGGCGCUGAGGGGCAGGAUGAAGUCCCUGCUCUUCAGCCGCUUCCUGCUCCUGCUGCCCUGGGUGCUCAUCGUCAUCAUCGUGCUGGACAUCGACAGCAGUCGGGCGCCGCUGCCCGCCUUGGCACCCCGCGGCGGCGGCAGCAACAACGGAGGAUCCCGUCCGGCGGCGGGCCGGCCGCCCCCUGAGCGGCGGGGGUCCGAGGCGGCGCUGCCCACCAUCUAUGCCAUCACGCCCACCUACAGCCGCCCGGUGCAGAAGGCCGAGCUCACCCGCUUGGCCAACACCUUCCGGCAGGUGGCGCGGCUCCACUGGAUCCUGGUGGAGGACGCGGCGACGCGCAGCGAACUGGUGAGCCGCUUCGUAGCGGCCGCCGGCCUGCCCUGCACCCACCUGCACGUCCCCACGCCCCGCCGGUACAAGCGGCCGGGGCUGCCCCGAGCUACCGAGCAGCGCAACGCCGGCCUGGCAUGGCUGCGUCAGAGGCACCAGCACCUCCCGCCCCCACAGCCCGGGGUGCUCUUCUUCGCCGACGACGACAACACCUACAGUCUGGAGCUCUUCCAGGAGAUGCGUACGACGCGGAAGGUCUCCGUCUGGCCUGUGGGACUGGUGGGAGGACGACGCUACGAGCGGCCGGUCGUGGAGAACGGCAAAGUGGUGGGCUGGUACACUGGCUGGAGAGCUGACAGGCCCUUUGCUAUUGACAUGGCAGGAUUCGCUGUGAGUCUUCAAGUGAUUCUGUCACAUCCCAAAGCCGUCUUCAAGCGCCGUGGUUCUCAACCAGGAAUGCAAGAAUCUGACUUCCUGAAACAGAUAACAACAGUGGAGGAGCUGGAGCCAAAAGCCAACAACUGCACCAAGGUCCUUGUGUGGCACACUCGGACAGAGAAAGUCAAUCUAGCUAAUGAGCCAAAAUACCACCUGGACACAGUCAACAUUGAGGUAUGAGCUGGAGGCACAGUCACACAGGAAGCACAAAUGGAUGUGUCAAAGAUGUCUGAAUUCAGCCAGUUAAUAGUCUGCUUGUGAGUGAGACCUUUGAAUGGUCACCUGAUGGACUUCUGUGGAAACAAAAGGAAGCUGUCAGAUAACUCUAAAAGGCAAAUCAAGUGGGUGUGCUUUGUCCUAACUCGUUUGCAUGCAAUUCUGAACUCUCAAUAAACUGACACUCACCUUCCAGGCUGUUUCCACACAGUAAAAACAACCAAGAGCAACGUGGCUGUUUGCAGAAUCAUCCUUUAUCAACAUUCUUUUUGUAUUCAUCCAGCUUCAUGGUGUCAUUACAAACUGCUUUGAAAUCACCAGCUGUCAACCUAAGGACAUCAGGAGCAAGUUCUUCACAGUGAGAGUGGUGGAACACUGGAACAGGUUGCCCAGGGAUUGCCCAGGAUGGUUGAGAGCCCAUCUCUGGAGACAUUCAAGGUCAGACUUGAUGGGACCCUGGGCAGCCUGGUCUAGAUGGAGGUGUCCCU